AUGGCUUUGCAAGACAUACUAAGAAGCAUUACGGAGCGUCUUGAAGGUUCUGCAAAUGUCAGCACCGUUUAUGGCGAGCCGAUCGUUGCGGAGGGCAAGACCAUCAUACCUGUCGCAAAGGUGCGCUACGGCUUUGGUGGCGGUUUUGGGGAGGGUAAAGGAAGUGAAGACGAAGGACAGGGAGGAGGCGGUGGGGGUGGAGUCGAGGUCACACCCAUCGGCAUCAUAGAGAUUACACCGGAAGGGACACGGUACAUAUCGUUCGAAGAUAAGAAAAGGCUCAUACGAGCGUGUUUCGGGCUCACCCUGAUAGCGAUAUUCGUCGUCGCUAGGUGGCGCAGGCGCAGCAAACGGAAUCUGUGA